GCGAACACCGUCCAAACUUCCGGUGCCUGCAGAGCGCGGAGAGGCGGCUGCACAGAUAGAGGCUGCACGGGCAGAGGCUGCAGGGCGGACGCGCGGCCGGGCGCAGCCAUGGUGAAGAUCAGCUUCCAGCCCGCCGUGGCCGGCAUCAAGGGCGACAAGGCCGACAAGGCUUCGGCCUCGGCGUCGGCCGCGGCUCGGGCCCCGGCCGCUGAAAUCCUGCUGACGCCGGCUCGGGAGGAACGCCCCCCCCACCACCGCUACAAGAAGGGGGGCUCUGUGGGCGGCGUGUGCUACCUGUCGAUGGGCAUGGUCGUCUUGCUCAUGGGCCUCGUGUUCGCCUCCGUCUACAUCUACAGAUACUUCUUCCUCGCACAGCUGGCCCGGGACAACUUCUUCCACUGUGGCGUUCUCUACGAGGACUCCCUGUCCUCCCAGGUCCGCACUCGGAUGGAGCUGGAGGAGGACGUGAAGAUCUACCUCGAAGAGAACUAUGAACGCAUCAAUGUGCCCGUGCCCCAGUUCGGCGGCGGGGACCCUGCAGACAUCAUUCAUGACUUCCAGCGGGGGCUCACCGCCUACCAUGACAUCUCCCUGGACAAGUGCUAUGUUAUCGAGCUCAACACCACCAUCGUGCUGCCCCCUCGCAACUUCUGGGAGCUCCUCAUGAAUGUGAAGAGAGGGACCUACCUCCCGCAGACGUACAUCAUCCAGGAGGAGAUGGUGGUCACGGAGCACGUCAGCGACAAGGAGGCCCUGGGCUCCUUCAUCUACCACCUGUGCAGCGGGAAGGACACCUACCGGCUGCGGCGCCGGGCUGCCCGGAGGCGGAUCAACAAGCGAGGGGCCAAGAACUGCAAUGCCAUCCGCCACUUCGAGAACACCUUCGUGGUGGAGACCCUCAUCUGCGGGGUGGUGUGAGGGCCUCCCCUUCCAGGCCCCGCCCUUGCCCUCUUCCUUCUUUCCCUUCUGGCCACUCCGGCCCUCCUCCUUCCCCUCGCUUAGCUUGUACUUUGGACCUUUCCAUAGAUGUGACGUGUCUCCUGGUUCCUUUCCAGCCCUGCCCGCCUCCCUGUACCAGAGCCGUGACCUCUUGAGGCCCCACCUCUUCCGAGCUCCCAGGUCUGGGGGACAGGAGGGCGCCACAGGGUGGUUUCUGGGACCACCCUCCUGAAGUCAGGUCCGCUGGGGCCAGCCCACAGCUGCACUGGCAGCCCAGGGGGAGGGCUAGACGGAGGGACCGGGCAUGUGGGGGUCCUGGGCAAGGGGACAGGGUGGGGUGUGGUAUGGGGUUCAGAGAUAUCUGCACAGUUGGGAAAGUCCCAAAAGGCUUGUUCCUUGGACAGCACAUUUCCUCCUGCGUCCAGAUUCCCAGACCUGGGCUGAGGGUAGGGUCAUGUGCCCAGGGAUGGACCCCCCCCCCACCCCCCCACCCAGAGCACAAGGGAAGACGGUGUCCUGGGGCUCUCCCCCCAGGACUCCUGUCAGUGCCUUCAGCCCACCAAUGGGAGCCUGGAGCGAGGGGUGGGGAUGAGUCCGUCAAGCACAAUCGUUCUCCGAGUGGAACCAAAGAAGGGAGGAGCCAGGGCCCCCCGCCCUGGCCCCCCAGGAGCACAAGUGAGGUCCUGCAGCCAUGGCCACAGGAAAGGGACAGAGCGAGGUGGGCGGCCUUGCGGGGCUGAGCGCUGAGCAGAGACGAGGGGGUGGGCUCGUUGCUUUCUCCAAGCUUGGAGCUGUUUGAGAAGAUAAUGUGGGGGGAAGGGAGAGCCACCUGGUACUUGUGCACCCUGCCUCCCCCUCGUUCUGAAAUUCCGUCCCCCGGCUUUGGAGGAAUGCAGCCUUUUUUCCCUUCUCCUUCUCACUUUUGCAUGUUUUUACUGAUCAUUCAAUAUGCUAACCGUUCUCAGCCCUGAGCCUUGAAAAGGAGGCUUUGACGCCUCCAGCCAGACUUAGGUGCUCUCUGGAGAUGAAAGUCUUACAUGCUUUGUAUAUUUUCUCAAUUAGAUCCCUUUUCAGAAGUGUCUGUAGAACAAUAAAAAUGUUUGACUUCUGA